UACUUGUUAGCCGCGGUUCAUAAAUUGAUUAAAUUGUGUUAACUGUUUAGUAUUUGACAGAUUACAAUAUAUUAUUUACAUCAUUCCGCACUUAACAAUUUAACAUUAUAUAUUACUGAUGAUCGUUUUUAAAUUAUAACCGUUAGUUUUUCUCGAUUGUUCAACAGAUUUUUUAAUAAUAAGUUAUUGUGUUAAUAAUAUUUUAUGAUCUGUAUUUUAUUAAAUAAUUUUUUAAAAUGUGUGAUAAAGAAUUACCAGUUAUACCUGUCAAAAAAAAUAAAAGAGGCGAGGUAAUUCGAAGUAAAAAAAAAAGAUUAGUUAUAAAUAUUUAUAAAAGAAAGAAGGCAAAUGAACCUGACAUAUUAUACAGACAGUUAAUAAAAGAAUUAAUGGAUGAAACUGGAAUAGGAAAAAAUAGUAUUGAAAAAAUUAUUUCAGAAUAUAAUUCAAAUAAACCCAUUUCUUCUCCAACUAUGAAGAGAGCCAGACCGAAAAUUGUCGAAGUGAUAAAUGGUUAUUAUAAAAAUGGCAUUCGUCAAAAAGUGCAUUCAUUUUGGUUAAAUCGUGAUCCACCAACGUUGGAUAAAAUUGUAAAUUCUGCUUCUAACGACAACAGUUUACCGACAUUGAAACGGACAACCAUGUACAAUCUUCUUAAAGAUUUAAAUUACGUAUAUACAAAAAGAAAACGAAACAGUGUUUUAUCUGAGGGAGACGAUUUAAUUAUAUGGCGUCGAAAUUAUUUACGAAGUAUAAAAAAAUUCCGAGAAGAAGGACGAACAUUAUAUUAUUUGGGCGAAACAUGGUGUUCUCAAAAGUUAUGGGUUGACAAUACAAUAAAAUCAAAUGGCGAUUCAUUCCAAAAAAAAAUAAAAACAGGUGCAAGCAACACAACUGGCAAAAACAAAGAUUAUAUUAUUAUUUUACACAUUGGUUCACGAGAAGGAUUUCUAAAAGGUGGUCUACAGUGUUUCGAAUUUAAGACCAAUUGCAGUGACUACCAUAAAGAAAUGGACGGUGACAAAUUUUUAGAAUGGUUUAAAAAUAUUUUGCCUUUAUUAGACGAUAAUGCAAUCAUUAUAAUGGAUAAUGCUUUUUACCACAACACGAAGGUUGAACAAAUUCCAGUACCAUCGUGGAAAAAGGAGAAUAUUAUAAAAUGGCUUCAAGAGAAAAAUAUUCAAGUUGAUAAUUCAUUUGUUAAAGCAGAGCUAAUGGAUCUAGUAAGAAAACAUAAACUACCUUACGAUAAAUAUGUUGUAGACGAGUUGGCCAAGGCAGAAAAUAAAUUUGUUUUACGAAUACCGCCAUACCACUUCGAAUUGAAUCCAAUUGAACUAGCAUGGUCCAUAGUUAAAGGAUAUGUAAAAAAUAAAAAUACCACUUUCAAAUUGGACGAUGCGAAACAGUUGAUGUUUGAAGGUAUUAAAUCGGUUACGACGGAAGAUUGGCGAAAUGCCGAGGAUUACACAAUUAACGAAGAAGCUAAAUUCUGGGAAGUAGAUAACAUAGUUGACGAUUUCAUGGAUGAUGAGAAUUCUUGUAUAUUUAAUGUCGAUACAAGCAAUUCAUCAAGUGAUUGUAGUGAUGAUAACAUGUCAUUUUAAAAACAUAAGUAAUGAUGAAUAGAAUAGGUAAUAGAUAUUAUAACAUAAGUAUUUUUGUACAAUUAAUUGUAUUAUAGUGUUCCAUAUUAUAUAUAUAUUUUUAAUCGAUUAAUUAUUAUUUUUAUAUUUUGUAUUAGUGUUUAAUGUUUGUGUAAACAAGUUUUUACUACAAUAUAAACAAAAAAACUUUUUUUACUUAA